CAAUCUAGGCUCAUUAUUGUCAAAAUUAUACCUACUAUUAAAUGUCAACCUGACUGAUAAUGUUUGUCAGUUCGAAAGACAGAAUUUUUUUUUCUUAAGAGAAAUUUUCAAAAGUUUAUAGUUUUUAUAUAAGAACCUCCGGGAGUGUUAUAAAUAAAUUCAAAAUGAUUGAUGUACAAAAAGAGAAUCCCCAACUAUCCGGAAACGUUUCGAACGAAGAGGAACUGGUGAAAUCAACAAAAAUGGAUCAUCUCUCCGAAGAAAAAAUUUCUUCGAAAAAAGAGGAAUUGGUAAUUGAAACGAUUGUAAAAGAAUCUGUUUCGGGGACAAAAGAUGAGGUUAAGAUCGAGAACGUUGAGCAAGACAAGAAACUCAAAGAACAGGAAAUAGUAAAACCAGUAAAAGAUAAUAUAAAGGAGGCUACUUUAAGUGACGUCAAAGCAGAAAUCGAAACGAAUGUUAGGAAAGAGUCCGAAAGUGCCCCUUGUUGCACAAAACAACCAGUGAGAGAGAAAAUUAUUAGAAACCAAAGUGACAUCUUUUCAUUGAAACAUAUGGCGACCACCCUGCAGACCUCAAUAUUUUCAGUUAAUGGCUCUCCAUCCAGAAAACUAUUCAGAAAACAAGAACCAGCCUGUCAUCUAUUUCAAAAAAAUGAAGGACAAGCCGAUAAAACUGAAGACUCAGCUCCUCUAAUUAAAAGCAGAAUAACUAGAGAAAACUACAAUGACGAAAAGAGACCAUCCAGCUCAUACAGGAAUCCCCUUACCGGAACAGGACUGUCUUCAAAUGAUGAAUACAAGAGCAAGGGACUGAAAAGGAAGGAUGGAAAUCCACUUUUGGGCCUGGGCUACGAUGAAGUCAACCACGCCGUUUCACAACACAGAAUUCCACCAGGCGGAUACUCCCACAAGCUAUGGUGACGCCAGUAAUUUUUGUUUGUAAAUUUGUCGUGUACCAUUCAUCCAAAUUGUAUUUAAAAAAUAUACACCAUUUUUUAUAGAAAA